CUUACGAUCUAGAGUAUUUAAGACACAUACGUCCAAUGAAAUUUCAACAAAUAGUAGAUGAUAACACGGAAUCGACAUGAAAGGACACAAGUCAUUAUUUUUAAUUUUAUUUAUAGCCGAAUUAGCAUUAGCUCAGUAUGAUGGAACUGAGAAUCUAUUUCUUGGUAAUGUGGAUGGAAAGAUUGUAAAAUGUUUAACGUGUGAACAUACAGUUAAAGAAAUUAAAGAAGCACAGGCAAAAGUCGAUCCGAAAAAGAAAGCUGAAGUAAAGAGCGGUCGCUUUAAUCCAGACGGAACUUUGUCAGGAACUUUAAUAGAGUUAAGAAAGAGUGAACAAUACCUGACUGAGCUAUUUGAGGGCGACGAUGGAAUUUGCAAGACUAUGGAUGAUUACGCAAAGGCUAAAUAUAAAUCAGAUGGUCGACUUGUCGUUUUAAAGAUGUUUGUUGACGGAGCAAUGAAUCCACUCAUGUCCGAAGUCGAUUUUGUGCAAGAUCAGGAUCUUAACAAGUCCCUUAAACAUUACUGCUUGGAAGUUCUGGAUGAAUUUGAUGAAGUAUUUUUAGAAUAUUUCAUGGCUCCCAAAUUGGCUGACGACGUUGUAGAUCAAAUUUGCACAGAAAGAACAAAAUUGUGUAGCGUGAAGCAAGAUGAAGAAUAUGAGGAUGAAGAAGCCGACAGCUAUUUACUUGAGAAGGAACUAUAAGACUUAAUUAUACAAAUUUCCAUUCAUAACAUUCCAAAAACAAGACAAAUAAACAAAUUUCAAUAAUGGUGCUGGGUUAAAUGCUUUCAUCUAAAUUACAACUUUACGGCUGUUAUGAACACGUCAUUCAAUUCAAUUAAGUAGACGUAAGACUUUUUGAUAAGAGAAAUAAAGUAUAAUACAUAAAUUUUUGAUAAAGAAGAAAAUAA